AUGCUCAAAGUAGCUGUGCUGCUUGUAUUGCCUGCUUUGUUUGCUAUAUGGGUGGCCUUUGGUAUAGCUACUAGUGUUCUGAUUGGACUAGGUUAUGGAUUUCUCAAUCCUUGGAUUUCUGCUUUUGAGGCCUUCAGACAUGAACAAACAAAUGAAUACCAAAAGUUCUAUUAUUGCCUUGUGGAUGGAACUUGGGAGACUAUUCAAGGAAGUUGUACUAUGGUUCAAGAUUUUGCUGAUUUGUGUUACCAUUCUUACCAUGUCCACUUGAAGGAAUUACAAGAAUCUACAAGUGAGGAGGAUCUUCAUCCUCUUAGGUUAAUUCAUAUACCAGGAUGCAUUAUCGUUGGAAUACUGGGGCUACUUGUUGAAAUUCCUUCGUAUGCGGUUAUUGCCAUAGUAAAGAGUCCACUCUUGUUGUUAAAGGGAUGGCAUAGGCUCACACAUGAUCUACUUCACCGAGAAGGUCCAUUUCUAGAAACAGGGUGCAUUCCGAUUGCUGGUUUAUCAAUCAUUACAUGGCCCAUUAUUGUUGUUGGACAUAUUGCAAUGGCAAUCUUGUCUAGCAUUUUCAUAGGAUUGUAUGGAGCAGUAAUAGUGUAUCAGGAACGUUCUUUUCGAAGAGGUCUUGCUUAUGUUAUUGCAAUGGUUGCUGAAUUUGACGAAUACACCAACGACUGGCUAUAUCUUCGUGAAGGUUCUAUUAUCCCUAAGCCCCAAUACAGAAAAAAGAAAUCUCCUCAUUUAGACUCAUCAAACCAAGCUAUUGGUGGCCGACCUAUUAGCUCUGCUAUCAAAGAGGCACCUCCAAUUCUUAUGGAAAAGUUAUUACCGUCAAGAUCAGUCAAGGAGACAAUUAAAGAAGUGAAAAUGGUCCAGGUGUGGGAGAAUAUGAUGAGAUCAAAAGAACUGCGGGGUAAGGAACUAGUGGAUGCUAAUCUAAUAACUGUUGCUGACCUUUAUGAUUGGUUGAAUGCAAAGAAUAGCGAAGAAGGCGCUGUUAUUGGCAUUGGACUCCCUUGUUACUCAUUUUAUUGCACGAUUGUUAACUCAAUAAAAUCCGGGUCAGCAGGUAUAAUGAUUUUUGAUGAUUUUGAGAUUAAUGAUCUGAAUCGACCCCAAGAUAAAUUAGUAGACUGGUUUCAUCAACCGGUAAUGGUUCUCAAGGAACAAAUCAGGGGCAUGGAAGAGAGUGAAUUGAAGUACUUGGAGAAAUAUCUUUUGUUUGGAAACGAUCAUAAACGAAUGGAGGCAUGGGAUAAUGGCGGUGUGAUGCCACAUGAUGCGGUUAAAGCUGCUCGACUUGAGGGAAUUGCUAGAAGGAUGGUAGGAUUAGUAAAAAGCACAUCAAAGUUUCCCACAUAUAGAAGGAAACUUCGCCAGGUUGUGAAGUCUUUGGUCAUACAUGCUCUGGCCAAAGAAGGAGGUCCCACUCCCACAGGUCAAGUAACCAACAUGCCCGCAUCAGCAAAACAGGGUGCCUCCGAUGAACUCGUAUAGAAAAGAAUGACAGAGGAUGACUUUUACAUUUUCGGGGAUGUUUAGCCGGGCUUAUAAGCCCGUUUCUAAGCUAGAAUCAAUUUAUUGGUACUGUUUGUUUAUAGAAUUUAUGAGUCAAUUUCAGACUUAUAAACUAGAAUUAUAAAGUCAAUUUCGGACUUAUAAGGUAGAAUAUGAGAAGUCGAGAAUCCAAGCUUUUUUAGUGUCUUGUUUUUAUUUUUGAAAUUUUAUUGUACAUUAACGGUGGUGUGGCCACCUAUCUUGGGGUGAAUUACAUUGAUGGGUAGAGAUUUUACAUCGGAAA